AUGCCAAAAGAGCCUACGGUAGAGGAGCCUACGGUAUACUAUAUCAGAAAGGUAUCAAUCAAUAAUCUGCAAGUUAUAAAGCCCAAACAAGAAGAACGAGCAGCACCCAUGUUUCCGAACAGAUCUGUUUGUACGACACCAUGUGAACUCAUCAAAUGUUUUGCUGGGAGCGAUAGCAUUGACAAAGCAUUUGAUCGAGACUGUAGCUUGACAAGCUUCGAGAGGAGAAGAAGGUCUCAAAAACAGUUUGUGGACAAACAUCACGCUCACCAGCAAUUUUUCUGCCCCGAGCAAGCAAGCCAAAUCGAGAUCCAUUUCACAAGUUCUUGUUCUACUGACGUUAUACUACAGGUACAGGCGCCAAAUGGUGAAACCAGCAGUUAUCUCCGACCAGGACGGGAUCAAACUGUUUUCUUCAAUCCUACAAAG